CAGAUUUUGAAACAGAAAUCAAAGUCAAAAUCAGAUGAUAUUUUGCGAUUGUUUUGCUUUGUUUUUGUUGUGGUUUUAGUUCUAACAAAUUGCAAAAAAACACUUAUAAAAAAUGGCAAAAUUUUGCCUGAAAGACAGCGAUAAGUACUACUUAUCACUUUCAGAACAACCAAAGCGAUUUGACGCAGAUAGUCCAGUAACAAAUGUAUUUUUUGAUGAUACAAAUGGACAGGUGUUCACUGUCCGAUCAGGGGGUGUUACGGGGGUCACGGUCAAUGGAAUGGAUGACUCGAAAAGCACUUCUUUCAGAAUGGAAGAUAAAGGACCUAUCAUUUCUAUAAAAUUCUCCCCUGAUCAUAAAGUACUGGCGAUACAAAGAAACCUUGAGGCUCAAAUUCCAAUGGUUGAAUUUGCCAAUUUUAAAGAUCUUGCGCCGACGAAUGUUGAAUAUAGUCACACAUGUAAAUGGAAAAAUGCAAAGAUUUUGGGAUUUGUAUGGCCGAAAGUGAAUGAAAUUGCCUUCAUAACAGACCAUGGAAUUGAACUAUUGCAAGUGUAUCCUGAGAAAAAGCAAUUGAAGACAAUAAAGAGUACUUCUUUUAGCGGAGCCUGGUUUUCAUGGUGUGUUCAAAGCAAUAUUGUACUGUUAGCUGGUAACAAUGGAGCGUUACUUCAACCUUUCUCUCUCAAUAACUCGACUAUAACUAAGCUUCAGAAAUUAGAAUUGGAUUCCUCCAGGCCAGUAGUUGAAAGGGACGUGUUUGUAUUGCGGCUGUGUGAUGCAUCAUGGUGCGCUAUAUUCAGGCACGGCAACCCCGUGACAGCGGCCACUGGGCCUACUGAGGUGUGGUUGAUGCCAAUUUCUGGUGGCGCCGGUAUCCAGCACGUUCUGAAAACAGGCCUCGUGGGAAGAUUUGCCGUCAGCGUUGUGGACCAUCUUCUGGUCAUCCAUCAUCAGUCCAGUCAAACGUCACAACUAUUUGAUAUAAUGGAGGAAACGAAACGCGAGGGCAACAUUGCAAUGCACUUGCCCAUAGUGCAGGGGAUAUCCAUGAAACCGGCGAUUGUCGAUGGAGUGGAGUGCCCCAUGUAUUCCGGCAAUUGGGUUGUAUUUCAACCGGACUAUAUAAUAGAUGCAAGACUGGGGUGUCUAUGGAAGGUGCAACUCAUACAUUCUGGACUGGCCCAUACUGUACCGAAAGAAGAAAUAUCAAAGGUAGUGGGUGUUCUGUUGAGGCGGAAAAACGGAAAAGACGCAAUUUAUCAAAUAUUAAAUCAGCUGGUCACGGACGCGGGGACUUACCUCGUCGAAUUGUCCAAGGUGUUUGAUGAAAUCAACGCGGUUUACAGGAGAUGGGCGGACCUGGAGGUGGCCCGCAACACGGCGGGGCACGUGGGCGACAAGUGCGCAGACACGUUCCCGGUGCUGAUCUCGCAGGUGGACCUCUGCGACCACGUGCUGCAGCUGCACGCUGAUGACGAGCAUCUGGUGCCGGUGGUAACGGCGUACCUCGGGUCGCUGUCCCGCCACGACAUGGUGGUGCAGCACGCGGCGGCCGAGCUGUGCGUGCGCGCGCUGGUGACGCGCGGCGCGGGCGGCCGCCUGCGCGCGCUCGUGCGCCGCGGCUGCCUCGGCGACGCGCGCCCGCUCGCCUGCCAGCUGCUCAGCCUGGGCCACAUCGACCCGGCCGCCGCGCAGCUCGCGCUCGACAUGAUGUGGCGUCUGCGCGCCUAUGAGGAAAUAGUGGAGGUGCUGUUGAGCUGGGACGAGCCGGUGAGCGCGCUGGGCGCGGCGCGGCAGAGCGGCGCGGGCGCGUGGGGCGCGCUGGCGCCGCGCAAGCUGCUGGGCGGCGCCGCGCGCGCGCCCGCCUUCCGCGCGCUCUACCACGCGCUGCGCGCGCGCAACGAGCGCCUGCGCGGCGACCCGCACUUCCUGCGCGGAGAACAGUGUGAACCAUAUAUUGAAUACUACAAACAACUUAUGGCCGAUUCGUAGAAAAUUUCGUGUUAAAUACAUAGGUUUUAUUUAAAAUGUGAUUCGAAUCUAAUUGUAUGAAUUAUUAUAAUAUAAAUAUUUUUAUAAAAGGACUUGUACAUAAAUAGCAUUUGAAAGAAUUAUAAAAAAUACGUGGCAAGUAGCAAAAAAAAAGUAUAGGUCUGUAUACUAUACACAUUAUAAAUAGGUAACGAAAUCAGGAAGAUAUGUUAGUAUGUAUAAAGGAAAUGAUAAAUGUACCUUUAUUUCUACAUUUAUACUACACUUAUUAAUUGUUUAUUUAUUUAUAAUUACUGUU